GUUACUAAACCAGUGACCACAGGCUUUUGUUACAGUUUGCUUUUUGUUUUAUAUUCAACAGCAAAAAGGAACCAUGGUCAGCCGAUUUGAACACCCAGCUGGUGGCUACAGGAAGCUUUUUGAGACAUGUGAAGAGCUGUCUGAGACUCUUCCCACAACAGUCACAGGCCGGAUUCCUUCGUUUCUGAAGGGAAGCCUUCUCCGUCUGGGACCCGGGCUUUUUGAGGUCGGAGAUGAACCCUUCUAUCACCUCUUCGAUGGCCAGGCCCUCAUGCACAAAUUUGACUUCAAGAAUGGCCAGGUCACCUACUUCCGGAAGUUUAUCAGGACAGAUGCUUAUGUGCGAGCCAUUACAGAGAAGCGUGUGGUCAUUACUGAGUUUGGUACAUUCGCAUAUCCUGAUCCCUGCAAGAAUAUCUUCUCCAGGUUUUUCACUUACUUCCAAGGUGUUGAGGUCACAGACAACUGCUUGGUGAAUGUCUACCCUAUUGGUGAGGAUUAUUAUGCUGUAACAGAAACCAACUACAUCACUAAAGUCAACACAGAUACGCUGGAGACUCUGAAGAAGGUCGAUAUGUGCAGCUAUGUCAAUAUUAAUGGAGUGACUGCCCACCCUCAUAUUGAGAGGGACGGUACUGUGUAUAACAUUGGAAACUGCAUGGGGAAAGGAGCAUCACUGGCCUACAAUAUUGUCAGGAUCCCACCCACGCAGAAAGAUAAAUCUGAUCCGAUCGACAAGUCCAAGGUGGUGGUGCAGUUCCCCAGCUAUCAGAGAUUCAAGCCUUCCUACGUGCACAGUUUCGGCAAGACAGACAACUACUUUGUCUUUGUGGAGACUCCUGUGAAAAUCAACCUGCUGAAGUUCCUGAGUGCCUGGAGUAUCCGUGGCUGCAACUACAUGGACUGCUUCGAAUCCAAUGAGAGCCAAGGAACCCUGUUCCACAUUGCCAAGAAAGACCCAGGAGAGUACAUCGAUCUCAAGUUUAAAGGAGCACCUAUUGGCAUGUUUCAUCAUAUUAAUGCCUUCGAGGACCAGGGGUUCAUUGUUGUUGACCUUUGUGCUUGGAAAGGCUUUGAGUUUGUUUACAACUACCUCUGGUUGGCCAACCUGAGGGCUAACUGGGACGAGGUGAAGAAGGCAGCCAUGCUCGCCCCCCAGCCGGAGGUGCGCAGAUACGUCAUUCCCCUGGAUGUCCACAAGGAGGAGCAGGGGAAGAAUCUGGUGAGCCUGCCGUACACCACAGCUACAGCCACCAUGUACGCUGAUGGGUCGACUUGGCUUGAGCCUGAGGUGCUGUUCUCCAGUCCUCACCAAGCUUUUGAGUUUCCUCAGAUUAACUACAAGAGGUAUGGCGGCAAGAAUUACACAUACGCCUACGCCCUGGGUCUCAACCACUUCAUACCAGACAGGAUCUGCAAGUUGAACGUGAAGACCAAGGAGACCUGGGUAUGGCAGGAGCCCGACUCCUACCCCUCAGAGCCGUUGUUUGUACAGACUCCUGAUGCUGUCGAUGAGGAUGACGGUGUGCUGCUUACCAUUGUUGCAGCUCCCGGUGCCCAGAGACCAGCGUACCUCCUCAUCCUCAACGCCAAGGAUCUUUCUGAGGUUGCCAGGGCAGAGGUGGAGUGCACUAUUCCCGUCACCUUUCAUGGGAUGUACAAACCCUAAUGAUUCGUGACUCUGCAUAUUUCUCUGUGACCAGCUGCCACUCAUUAUUAGAACAAUGGCACAAACUGAUCAUUGUGUCGAGCUGUUUUUGAGAAAGUGAUUGCAUGUCCUCCUUUGCAGGCAGCGUAGGCUGCUGGAUGCCUUCUGAGCCAUGAUAAUAAAUCUCAACUAAAAUGUCUAAGCUUGAACUGUCAGUACUGGUAAAGAAAAAAAGGAUCUGUUCACAUGAUUUUUCAUAUAAAUGGGUCAUGGAUGCAAAAAUAAAUGCGUAACUAUCAAUGCA